AUGGAGGCCGAAAGAAACAGCGAACUACCGUUCCUCGACGUACUAGUUCACCGGAAACCAAAUGGACACCUGAAAACAACGGUGUAUAGGGAGGCCGCCAAUACGCGCCAAAUCCUGAGCUACCACAGAAAGCACCCCUUGUCCCACAAACGCAGCUGUGUACGCACACUAUACAAAGGGGCAGAUACACACUGCAGCGAGUCAGACGACAAAAGUUCGGGACUACGCUACCUUCAGCGCCUCUUCAUGGCGAACGGGUAUGCUCGAAAUUUCAUAGAACGCAAGAGGCAGCCUGUGCCAAACCGAAGCCCAGUGACAGAACGGUCACAAGUCUGGCGAGCGCUCCCCUACAUUGACGGCGUCUCUGAGGCGGUCUCCCGUCUCCUAAGGCCUAUGGGGAUUGGCAUUGCCCAUCGGCCAGAGUCAACAAUUCGGCAUCUGGUCAUGAGACCUAAGACCCCCCUGCCACCCGGUGAAAUAACAAACGUGAUUUAUAGGAUCCAAUGCAGCUCCAACGAGAUGAACUACAUUGGAGAGACCGUUAAACGACUGCAGACCCGUGUUGGAGAACACAUGAGGGCCGUGAGGAGGGUGGACCCGUUGUCUCUGGUGGCAGAACACUGCGCAAACUCUGGACAAACAUUGGCCUUCCAAGGUGCCGAAAUCCUGGGCCGAGGAAACGAUCGCGUGACCAUGGAAACAAUUGAGGCCUGGCACACAGACACGAACUCCAUCAGCCGCUGUGUAGCGCUUCCCGAAGCCUAUCAGGCCCUCCGGACGCAGCUCAGGGAAAAGAGCAGUAAACGCGGGUCACGAGGAGAAAGAAACUCAAUCACGGUCGGGUCUAUGGUGUACACAAACGCAGCUGCACUUCAACUUGGAUCUGGCGAAGGCGCGAUCGUCACCAAAGUCGCGACACCCACUUAUCCGGCAGGUGCGAAAUCGGACGGUAGCAGUAACAUAAACGGACCCGACGAAGGUGCCAACGUAACUGCCACUUAUCCGGCAGGUGAGAACACAGGCUGUCGCGGGGUCGUAAAGAAGAUUGCCAGUCUAGGACGAGAACUAAGGUCCAUGCAAACACGUGCGAUGACGGCUAGCGCCCGAACGCCGGCCCCGACAAGAUGA